AUGUUGCGCUCAUCAAUGCGCUUCGGUACGGCGCGGGUUGCCAACGCCCGCCCUUUUAUCGGACGUUCAUUAAAGCCGACCCAAACGAUCCUUCCGCGCAAUACCUCGAGAGCUGCAUCGACAGUGACCAAUUUGGAUAACUUCCCCAAGGUCGGGGAAAAGCUCCAUGGAUUCACACUUAAAGAGAAGAAGCAUGUUCCUGAGCUUCACUUGACUGCGGUCUGGCUGAAACACGACCAGACAGAUGCAGACUACAUGCAUGUAGCAAGAGAUGAUAAGAAUAAUGUGUUUGGAAUCGGGUUCAAGACAAACCCACCGGAUGCUACUGGUGUGCCUCAUAUCUUGGAGCAUACAACAUUAUGUGGCAGCGAGAAAUUUCCCAUCCGAGACCCGUUCUUUAAGAUGCUCCCUCGCUCCCUCUCAAAUUUUAUGAAUGCUUUCACGGCUUCUGACCACACUACCUAUCCAUUUGCCACAACCAACAAGCAAGAUUUCCAGAACCUCUUGUCCGUUUAUCUCGAUGCUACCCUGCAUCCAUUGCUCAAGGAAUCCGACUUCAGACAAGAAGGUUGGCGCCUGGGUCCCGAGGAUCCGCGUGCUGGAGAGUCAGUUCCCGGGCAAACCGAGACCAAGUUGUCAUUGGAGGACAUCGUGUUUAAGGGUGUUGUGUACAACGAGAUGAAGGGCCAGAUCUCCGAUGCAAACUACCUCUACUACAUUCGUUUUAAGGAGAGCAUCUCCCCUUCGCUGAACAACUCGGGUGGAGACCCAGAGUAUAUCACAGAUCUCACUCACAAACAGUUGACAGAAUUCUCCAAACGCAACUACCACCCCAGCAACUCCAAGAUCUUUACUUAUGGUGAUAUGCCUCUGGCUGAUCACUUGCAGCAGGUCGGUGCUGUCCUAGAUGGUUUCCAAAAAGGACAAGCGGAUACCGAUAUCAAGCUUCCUCUAGACCUCACCAAGGGACCUUUGAACGUAACGGUUCCUGGCCCCAUCGACACAUUUGCCGGCGAAGAUAAGCAGCAUAAGACGUCCACAUCUUGGUAUAUGGGCGACACCACUGACAUUGUGGAAACUUUCUCCGUUGGAAUCGUUUCCUCGCUCCUCCUCGAUGGCUACGGCUCACCAAUGUACCGAGCUCUUGUUGAGAGCGGUCUUGGCUCUUCGUUCACGCCAAACACCGGUCUUGACUCGUCUGGCCGAACCCCCAUUUUCUCGGUUGGACUUAACGGUGUGACAGAAGCAGAUGCCCCAACUAUCAAGGGCGUGAUCCAGAAUGUCUUCCGAGAAUCGGUUGCGGCUGGUUUCAGCGAGGAGAAAGUUCGAGGUUUCCUCCAUCAGCUGGAGCUCGCGCUACGCCACAAGACUGCGAACUUUGGAAUUGGUGUGAUGGAGAAAACCAUCUCCACUUGGCUUAAUGGCUCAAAUCCCAUGAAAGAGCUGGCAUGGAAUGAUGUCAUCAACGAGUUCAAGAGCCGAUAUGCGAAGCCUGGUUAUCUGGAGUCCUUGGUGGAAAAAUACCUCGUUAACGACCAGUGCAUGACCUUUACCAUGGUUGGUACUCCCACUUUUAACAAAGAAUUGGACGAGAAGGAAGCGGUGCGCAAGGAGAAGAAACUUGCUCAGCUUAUUGCCGAGCACGGAUCGGUGGAGAAGGCUGUCACUAAGCUCGGAGAGGAGGAGUUGGAACUUCUCAAGAUCCAAGAAGACGCCCAUAAUGCUGAUCUGAGCUGCCUUCCAUCUUUGAGAGUCAAGGAUAUCUCACGAGAGAAGGAACGCAAGCCUGUCCGUGAGUCCAAGGUCGAGGGCGCUGAUGUUGUCUGGCGCGAGGCUCCCACCAAUGGCUUGACUUACUUCCAGGCUUUGAACGACUUUGUGGAUCUUCCCGAUGAUCUCAGGUUGCUCAUGCCCUUGUUCAAUGACUGCGUCAUGCGUUUGGGAACUGCCAACCGGUCUAUGGAACAGUGGGAAGAUUUGAUCAAACUGAAGACUGGAGGUAUCUCGACAUCGUCCUUCCUUGUAUCGUCCCCAACGCACUUGGACCAAUUUAAGGAGGGCAUGCAGUUCUCCGGAUUUGCAAUUGACAAGAACAUUCCCGAGAUGCUGGAAAUGCUCUCGGUUCUUGUUACAGAGACGGAUUUCAAUAGCCCUGCUGCGCCGGCGAUGAUCCAGGAACUCCUACGGAUGACUACCAAUGGAGCUUUGGAUGCUAUCGCAGGAACUGGUCACCGGUUCGCCGUCAACGCUGCGGCUGCUAGCCUGUCCCGAAGCUUUUGGGUCCAAGAGCAGCAGUCUGGUCUUGAGCAACUACAAGCCACUGCCAACCUGCUUCGGGACGCACAGUCCUCUCCCGAGCGCCUCCAGGAGCUGAUUGAGAAGCUUCGCCUGAUCCAGUCCUUCGCUAUAUCUUCUUCUAAUCUCCGCGUUCGCAUGGUCUGUGAAAAGGAGAGUGCCAGUGCCAACGAAUCAAUUCUGCAAAAGUGGAUUUCCGGUCUGCCUCAAGCCCGUUCCCCAGCAGCUGACUUGGCCACCGCUUCCUUUAAGUCAGCUGACAAGGCAUUCUAUGAUAUGCCAUACAAGGUCUAUUACUCUGGCCAAGCUACUCAGACUGUGCCAUUUGUCGACCCAUCCAGCGCUCCUCUCAGCGUCUUGUCCCAGCUUCUUACUCACAACUACCUCCACCCUGAGAUCCGCGAGAAGGGAGGUGCCUAUGGUGCGGGUGCGAGCAACGGACCUAUCAAGGGUAUCUUCACCUUUAUGAGCUACCGGGACCCGAACCCUCUGAACUCGCUCAAGGUCUUCAAGAACAGCGGUAUCUUUGCUAGGGAUCGUGCUUGGUCCGAACGCGAAAUCGAGGAAGCCAAGCUUGGUAUCUUCCAAGGCCUUGAUGCCCCUAUGAGCGUCGAUGAUGAAGGUUCCCGUUACUUCAUGAGCGGUGUAACCCACGAAAUGGAUCAACGCUGGAGAGAGCAGGUCCUGGAUGUCACCGCCAAGGACGUCAAUGCAGCCGCCGAAAAAUUCCUGGUGAAUGGCACGCGGAAAACGACUUGCGUUCUCGGUGAGAAGAAGGACUGGGCUGAUUCUGAAUGGGAGCUGCGCAAGCUCUCCAUGGAUGCUACUGAGUAA